CGCGUCUCUAAUGAUGCCCUUUAGCAAUUGAUCGUCGCCUUCACAUGAUCUUCACGGGGUCGUGACUCAAUUCCCGAGAGAGGAAGAAGAUUUUUUUUAUUUUUUUUUUUCUAAUUUGUCUCUUGCAAAUUCCCAGUAGCCAAAAAUCUUUUGGAUCUGUUCUCGACGGAGGCGGCGGCGGUGAUUAAUCUUUAUAUAUAUGUCAACUGAGGAGGCGGCGGCGGCGGAAAUUUCUAGGGAUACGGCGAUUUCGAUGGCUGUUUCGACGUCGUUUCCUGGUUUCAAAUUCUCUCCGACGGACAUCGAGCUGAUUUCUUAUUACUUGAGACGGAAGAUGGAUGACUUGGAGAGGUCCGUCGAGAUUAUACCUGAGGUCGACAUUUACAACUUCGAGCCCUGGGAUUUACCUGACAAGUCCAUAGUGAAAUCUGACAGCGAGUGGUUCUUCUUCUGUGCUCGUGGUAAGAAGUAUCCCCACGGUUCACAGAACAGAAGAGCAACCAAGAUGGGAUACUGGAAAGCCACAGGGAAAGAACGUAAUGUGAAAUCCGGUUCUGAUAUCAUUGGAACAAAGAGAACGCUUGUCUUCCACAUUGGUCGUGCGCCAAAAGGGGAAAGGACCGAAUGGAUUAUGCAUGAGUACUGCAUGAUUGGAUUAUCACUGGAUGCUCUGGUUAUUUGCCGGCUUAGGAAGAAUACCGAACAUCGAGGGGCUACAAUUCAGAGUUUACCACAUCCAAAUUUAUCAACUGACAAGCACGCGAACUUGCAGAAUGAAACUAUUUCUGGUUGGGAAAAUAUGGUUGAUUUCUACUUAUCGAAUGAAUCAGGGCAUGAACUACUCAGUGAAAUAGCAGAAUCUUCACAAUCUUCACAAAAUCCACAGGUUCCUAGUGAAGAAGAUUUCUACGCAGAUAUUUUGAGGGAUGACAUAGUGAAGCUAGAUGAUCCGACAGUCUCCGGUAAUACACUGAUCGAUGUCCCGAGGCUUCAAACAGAGUCCACAAGCACAAGAGUAAUGCCUUUACCGAGCAUGGUAGACAAACAAAUGCAAUCACUGCUACAGAAACUGCCAUUGCAGAAUGACAUUGGUGAAGAAAACAACAUAUCAAUGUCGAGUUGCUUUAUCGGUAUCUAUUCGAUUAAGUCGAUAAACCGAGCACGGUGGGACGUUGUUGCUUGGGUGCUUGUUAUGAUAGCUGUGUUGGUGUUUUAUCUAGUUUGAGAGCAAAGAAGACAUCUUCUAGGCAUUUUGCUUGGUUUUGUCUUGAUGUUGAAAGAAGAUGAUGAUGUAUGUUGUUAGGCUUAGUUUACAUUAUCCUUCUCUCCAUUAUAUGUAUAAUAUAUGUUCGCAUUGUAGCAUCUGUGUGUGACAAGUAGAUAUGUCGAGAGAGAGAAUAUUCUGUUUCAGGUAGAAUUUUCAAUCUUUUAUAA